GACAGAACGGCUCUCUAACGUAAGUGCAUCACGUCGGUUACAUCUUUAUUUAAAAAAAAAAAAAAAAAAAAGAAAAACAACAAUAAUUUAUAUAUAUUUUAAGUAACAAAUUAUUUCAACAAUAAGUCAAAUUAUAUUUUUAAAAUUACGUGCGUGAAAUUACAUAACAAUACAUCGAACGAAAAAGAAAAUUUCAAAAAUACAUAUAUCGAAGGCCACACACAACGUGCCGCCAGAAGUAGUCAGUCCGACUCCGAAGCUUUGCAAAAUUGCACGAAACUGACGACUACUUGGCUUCUGAGUAGAGAAUACAAAAAAAUCAGGGUGUUAUUCCCUCAAUACUAAAGGAGAUAUUAUUUAAAAAAAAAGCAUAUACAUAUUAUUUAUAAAUAAAUAUAAAUAAAACGCAAAAAAAAAAAACGGCAGAAAUUUUAAUUAAAAAAACAUUAUUAUUAUUAUUAAUAAAAUAAUAAUAAUAAUAUAAAAAAGAGUAUAUUUUAUUUGAAAUAAAAAAUAUAAUAAAUUAAUUAAUUUAUAAAAAUGCCGAGACCAGUAGUACAAGAGGGUGAAGAUCCAGAUCCAGCACCAUAUCUUUAUGUAACUCUUGAGCAGAAAAGAAUCGACCAGUCUAAGCCUUAUGAUGGUAAAAAGGCUUGCUGGGUACCUGAUGAAAAAGAAGGACAUGUACUUGGUGAAAUUAAAGCCACCAAGGGUGACAUUGUCUCUGUUGUUUUGCCAGGUGGUGAGACCAAGGACUUCAAGAAGGAUCUACUCCAGCAGGUCAAUCCACCAAAAUAUGAAAAAGCUGAGGAUAUGUCAAAUUUGACAUACCUCAAUGAUGCUUCUGUACUUCACAACUUGAAGCAGCGUUAUUAUCACAAACUCAUCUACACAUACUCUGGCCUCUUUUGUGUGGCUAUCAAUCCUUACAAGAGAUACCCUGUCUAUACAACACGUUGUGCCAAGUUAUACCGUGGUAAAAGACGUAGUGAAGUACCACCCCAUAUUUUUGCCAUUUCUGAUGGUGCCUAUGUCAACAUGUUGACCAACUCGGAAAAUCAAUCUAUGUUGAUUACCGGUGAAUCUGGUGCUGGUAAAACUGAAAAUACAAAGAAAGUAAUUGCGUACUUCGCAACUGUUGGUGCAUCAACUAAAAAACCAAGUGAAGCUGAUAAAAAGAAAGGAUCACUUGAAGAUCAAGUUGUACAAACAAAUCCUGUACUUGAAGCUUUUGGUAAUGCCAAAACUGUCCGUAACGAUAACUCUUCUCGUUUCGGUAAAUUUAUUCGUAUUCAUUUUGGACCAUCCGGAAAAUUAGCUGGAGCUGAUAUCGAAACUUAUCUAUUGGAAAAAGCUCGUGUUAUUUCUCAACAAGCAUUGGAACGUUCUUACCACAUUUUCUACCAGAUCAUGUCUGGUUCCGUCAAGGGAUUAAAAGAGAUGUGUUUCUUGUCGAAUGACAUUCAUGACUAUCACAAUGUGGCACAAGGAAAAAUUACAAUCCCAAAUGUUGAUGAUGGCGAAGAAUUGUCGCUUACCGACGAAGCUUUCAACGUUCUUGGUUUCACUCAAGAAGAGAAAAAUGAUAUUUACAAGAUUACCGCUGCUGUUAUGCACAUGGGUGGUAUGAAAUUCAAACAACGUGGUCGUGAAGAACAAGCUGAAGCUGAUGGCACAGAGGAAGGUGAACGUGUUGCCAAACUUCUUGGUGUUGACUGUGUUGAUUUAUACAAGAAUUUAUUGAAACCAAGAAUCAAGGUCGGUAAUGAAUUCGUAACACAAGGACGUAACAUGAAUCAAGUAUCAUACUCUGUUGGUGCCAUGUCAAAAGCUAUGUUUGACAGAAUAUUCAAAUGGCUUGUCAAAAAGUGUAAUGAAACACUUGACACACAACAAAAACGUCAACACUUUAUUGGUGUAUUAGAUAUUGCUGGUUUCGAAAUUUUCGACUACAAUGGGUUUGAGCAACUUUGUAUCAACUUUACCAAUGAAAAACUUCAACAAUUCUUCAAUCAUCACAUGUUUGUACUCGAACAAGAAGAAUACAAAAAAGAAGGAAUUAAUUGGGCAUUCAUUGAUUUUGGAAUGGAUUUACUUGCCUGUAUUGAGCUCAUUGAAAAGCCAAUGGGUAUUCUUUCAAUUCUUGAAGAAGAGUCUAUGUUCCCAAAAGCCACGGAUGCAACAUUUGUUGAAAAAUUAAACAACAAUCAUCUUGGUAAAAGUAACAACUUCCUCAAGCCAAAACCACCAAAGCCAGGUCAACAAGCUGCUCACUUUGCUAUUGGCCAUUAUGCUGGCAACGUACCAUACAACAUUACUGGAUGGUUAGAAAAGAACAAGGAUCCAUUGAAUGACACAGUUGUUGAUCAAUUUAAAAAAUCAUCAAAUAAAUUAUUGAUUGAAAUAUUUGCUGAUCAUCCAGGACAAUCUGGUGGUGGUGGUGAUGCUAAAGGUGGACGUGGUAAAAAAGGUGGUGGUUUUGCAACAGUAUCAUCAGCUUACAAAGAUCAAUUGAAUAAUUUAAUGACAACAUUAAAAGCAACUCAACCACAUUUCGUACGUUGUAUUAUUCCAAAUGAAAUGAAACAACCUGGUGUUAUUGAUUCACAUCUUGUUAUGCACCAACUUACAUGUAAUGGUGUACUUGAAGGAAUUCGUAUUUGUCGUAAAGGUUUUCCAAACAGAAUGAAUUAUCCUGAUUUUAAACUUCGAUACAAGAUCAUUGCACCAGCAGCUUGUGAUGCAAUUGGAGCUGAUCCUAAUAAAUGUGCUGCUGCUAUUUUGGAAGCAUCUGGUCUUGAUGCUGAUCAAUAUCGUCUUGGACAUACCAAGGUAUUCUUCCGUGCUGGAGUCCUCGGUCAAAUGGAGGAAUUCCGUGACGAACGUCUUAGCAAGAUUUGUGCAUGGAUGCAAGCUUACAUUCGUGGUUAUCUUGCACGUGAAGACUUUAAAAAAUUGCAAGAGCAACGUUUGGCACUUCAAGUUGUUCAACGUAACUUGCGAAGAUACCUUAAAUUACGUACCUGGCCAUGGUGGAAAUUGUGGCAAAAGGUCAAACCUCUACUCAAUGCUACACGUAUUGAAGAUGAAUUGGCCGAGCUCACUGAAAGAGCACGUAUUUCACAAGAAAAUUUUGAACGUGAAGAAAAAGCACGUAAAGAACUUGAAGCUGUUCAUGCUGUUGUGCUGAAAGAAAAAAAUGAUCUUCAAAGACAACUUGAAGGUGAAAAAGGUUCUUUAACUGAGUAUCAAGAAAGAGCAAUUAAACUUGCUGCACAAAAAAUGGAUCUUGAGUCUCAACUUUUGGAUGUCAGUGAUAGAUUACAACAAGAAGAAGAUGCCCGUAAUAACUUGUUCCAAAAUAAGAAAAAAUUAGAACAAGAAAUAUCUGGACUUAAAAAAGAUGUUGAAGAUCUUGAAUUGGCUAUUCAAAAAUCCGAACAAGACAAAGCAACAAAAGAUCAUCAAAUAAGAAAUUUGAAUGAUGAAAUUGCUCAUCAAGAUGAAUUAAUAAACAAGCUCAAUAAAGAAAAGAAAAAUCAAGGUGAAGUUAAUCAAAAAACAGCUGAAGAACUUCAAGCAGCUGAAGACAAAGUUAAUCAUCUUAACAAAGUUAAAGUUAAACUUGAACAGACACUUGAUGAACUUGAAGAUACUUUGGAACGUGAAAAGAAACUCCGUGCUGAUGUUGAAAAAGGCAAAAGAAAAACAGAGGGUGAUCUUAAAUUAACCCAAGAAGCUGUUGCUGAUCUUGAACGUAAUAAAAAAGAACUUGAACAAACAAUUCAACGUAAAGACAAAGAAUUAUCAUCAUUAACAGCAAAACUUGAAGAUGAACAAUCACUUGUUGGUAAAUUAUCAAAACAAAUUAAAGAAUUACAAGCACGUAUUGAAGAACUUGAAGAAGAAGUUGAAGCUGAACGUCAAGCACGUGCUAAAGCUGAAAAACAACGUACUGAUCUUGCACGUGAACUUGAAGAAUUAGGUGAACGUCUUGAAGAAGCUGGUGGUGCAACAUCAGCACAAGUUGAACUUAAUAAAAAAAGAGAAGCUGAACUUGCUAAAUUACGUAGAGAUCUUGAAGAAGCUAAUAUUCAACAUGAAACAUCACUUGCUAUUCUCAGAAAGAAACACAAUGAUGCUGUUGCUGAAAUGGGCGAACAAAUUGAUACACUCAACAAGCUUAAGGCUAGGACUGAAAAAGAAAAGGUUCAGUACUUUAGCGAAUUGAAUGAUAUGCGUGGAUCCGUUGAUCACUUGAGCAACGAAAAGGCUGCCCAAGAAAAGAUUGCCAAACAACUUCAACAUCAAUUGAAUGAAGCACAGGGUAAACUUGAAGAAUUAAAUCGUACAGUAAAUGACUUUGAUGCAGCAAAGAAAAAGUUGUCAAUUGAAAAUAGUGAUCUUCUUCGUCAACUUGAAGAGGCUGAAUCACAAGUAAGCCAAUUAUCAAAGAUUAAAAUAUCAUUGACAACUCAAUUGGAAGAUACAAAGAGAUUAGCUGAUGAAGAAGGACGUGAACGUGCAACACUUCUUGGUAAAUUCCGUAAUUUAGAACAUGAUCUUGAUAAUAUACGUGAACAAGUUGAAGAAGAAGCUGAGGGUAAAGCUGAUUUACAACGACAAUUAAGUAAAGCAAAUGCUGAAUCACAAUUAUGGCGUACAAAAUAUGAAUCAGAAGGUGUUGCAAGAGCUGAAGAACUUGAAGAAGCUAAACGUAAAUUACAAGCACGUCUUGCUGAAGCUGAAGAAACAAUUGAAUCACUUAAUCAAAAAGUUAUUGCAUUGGAAAAAACAAAACAACGUCUUGCAACUGAAGUUGAAGAUUUACAAAUUGAAGUUGAUAGAGCAACAGCAAUUGCAAAUGCUGCUGAAAAAAAACAAAAAGCAUUUGAUAAAAUUAUUGGUGAAUGGAAACUUAAAGUUGAUGAUUUGGCUGCUGAACUUGAUGCAAGUCAAAAAGAAUGUCGUAAUUAUAGCACUGAAUUAUUCCGUCUUAAGGGAGCAUAUGAAGAAAGUCAAGAACAACUUGAAGCUGUACGUCGUGAAAAUAAAAAUCUUGCUGAUGAAGUUAAAGAUUUACUUGAUCAAAUUGGUGAAGGUGGACGUAAUAUUCAUGAAGUUGAAAAAGCUAGAAAAAGAUUGGAAGCUGAAAAAGAUGAAUUACAAGCUGCAUUGGAAGAAGCUGAAGCUGCACUUGAACAAGAAGAAAAUAAAGUAUUACGUGCACAACUUGAACUUAGUCAAGUUAGACAAGAAAUUGAUCGUCGUAUUCAAGAAAAAGAAGAAGAAUUUGAAAAUACAAGAAAAAAUCAUCAACGUACACUUGACUCCAUGCAAGCUUCCCUCGAAGCCGAAGCCAAGGGUAAGGCUGAGGCGUUACGCAUGAAGAAAAAACUUGAAGCUGAUAUAAAUGAGCUUGAAAUAGCACUUGAUCAUGCAAAUAAAGCAAAUGCUGAAGCACAAAAAAAUAUCAAGAGAUAUCAACAACAACUUAAGGAUGUACAAGCAGCACUUGAAGAAGAACAACGUUCACGUGAUGAAGCACGUGAAUUACUUGGUAUAUCUGAACGUCGUGCAAAUGCAUUACAAAAUGAACUUGAAGAAUCACGUACAUUAUUAGAACAAGCUGAUCGUGGUCGUCGUCAAGCUGAACAAGAAUUAGCUGAUGCACAUGAACAAUUAAAUGAUAUUGCAGCUCAAAAUGCAUCAAUAUCAGCUGCUAAAAGAAAACUUGAAGCUGAACUUCAGACACUUCAUUCCGAUCUUGAUGAAUUACUUAAUGAAGCUAAAAAUUCUGAAGAAAAAGCUAAAAAAGCUAUGGUUGAUGCAGCAAGACUUGCUGAUGAACUUAGAGCUGAACAAGAUCAUGCUCAAACACAAGAAAAAUUACGUAAAGCACUUGAAGCACAAAUUAAAGAAUUACAAGUACGUCUUGAUGAAGCUGAAGCAAAUGCACUUAAAGGUGGUAAAAAAGCUAUACAAAAACUUGAACAACGUGUACGUGAACUUGAAAAUGAACUUGAUGGUGAACAAAGAAGACAUGCUGAUGCACAGAAAAAUCUACGUAAAGCUGAACGUCGUAUUAAGGAACUUAGCUUCCAAGCUGAUGAAGAUCGUAAAAAUCAUGAACGUAUGCAAGAUCUUGUUGAUAAAUUACAACAAAAAAUUAAAACAUACAAGAGACAAAUUGAAGAAGCUGAAGAAAUUGCAGCACUUAAUCUUGCUAAAUUCCGCAAGGCACAACAAGAACUUGAAGAAGCUGAAGAAAGAGCUGAUCUUGCUGAACAAGCAAUUACAAAGUUCCGUACUAAGGGAGGACGUGGAGGAAGUGCUGCACGUGGUCUUAGCCCAGCGCCACACCGACAAGCGUUCAAACCCCAAUUCGAUGGUUCCGCAUUCCCGCCACGAUUCGAUCUCAUGCCUGACGGUGAAUUUUAAAUUCAAUGAAUUUUAUUAUCAUCCUGUUAUUCAUCAUAAAUUAUAUAAUAAUAAUAAUAUCAAACAUCAUAUUCCUUUCGACACGAUCAUCAAACAUUCUCUGAUGCAUGUCAACGAUAUGUUGUCUCGUUAAUGAGA